AUGCGUAUGACUAGAGCUCAAGCGGCUGCGCUUGCGGCUGCUGAAGCUGAUGUGGAUGGUGCAGAUCCUAGAGCUGCCAACGACAAUAACGAUUAUGAUAACGAGAAUGAGAAGGAUGGAUCUACGACGCCUACUGGAGAACCCGAGGAGCGCGGAGUAUUGAGUGAAUUGACGAUCAACUUGGACACCAACAGAGAGGAGGAAGACACUGCCGUCUCUGGAGAACAAGUGGAAGAGGGGGACGUGGAGGAGGAGGGGGAGCCUGAGGACAUCAAUGGCAAAGCAAACGAGGUAGUAGAGGAAGAACAUCAAGGUAUGUUGAAGCCUGUCCCUACCUACUCUCAAGAAGCUCUCGCUGACCUCUCUUCGAUAGCAACCACCACAUCAACUCUUUCGAGCGGCGACAACGAUAAGCCGAAGCACAUCUCGAUCCACCAAGACGACACGCUUCAACCACCUCAGAAAGACCUUGACGCUGGAUCGCCCACUACAGAGCUACCGCUGCUCAACAUAACUCCUCAACGCACGCCAGCCAAGAACAUUAUCAAGAAUGAAUUCGCCCAUAUGAGAAGCACGUCAAACAAGGAGAACAUGGUGCCCGCCGAGGGUGCUGUUGCCGGGCCAGUGGACAGACUGCAGACCCAGGUCGAGUUUCUGGAAGCUGGCCAAGAGAUGCAAACACCGCAACAGGAUGACCAGACACAGCCUGAGCAGCAGCCUGAGAUCCGCGAGCAUGAAGGGAAUGGAAGCGCGACGCAAACAGAACCAAAGACACCACAAGCAGAGGACGGACAGGACAAUAGCCUCAUCAAUCACUUCGAGGCCUUGCGCGUGUCUCCGAAGAAGCAAAAGUUCAACGAGCAGGAACUUAUGUCUGGUGCAGAACAGCCACUUCCUGAACAGCCAAAUCUGCCCAGAGAAAGUACUGAUGCGCAGAGAAAAUCAAUGAAGCAGACGGACAAGGCCAAAGAUGAUCCUCAGCAGUCGCAAACACAAGACCCGAACAAGGACCAGGAGAAGAAAGUCCCUACUUCUUCAACCGCAAAGAAGCCCUCAUCUACAUCUGCCACAACUGACACCUCAAAACCUGCACGGAAGCCUUCAGUGAGGCAAUCAACCCUUGGUCGUCAGUCUUCAGUCAUUCGGAAGUCCAUGGCUCCACCCUCACGCCCUGAACCAUCGAAAGACGCAGCCAUCAAACGCACGACGUCCACCAAGCGCGCCUCCGUUCGCCCCAGCAUGGCUCCCCGAGCAGGCUCCUCCCAAUCCACCGAACGACCAUCUGCUCUCGCACACAUCCCUCACUCCAAACCUCGCCCCAUGUCCAUGUCCUUCCCCACUCCUCCCCCACCCCCAAAGUCAUCAAAGGCACCCACUCAAUCGACCUUCCAGCUCCCCGGCGAAGCCAUCGCCGCGAAACUCAAGGCAGACAAGGAAGCCCGUCUGCAACGACAAGCCGAAUCCGGUGCUUCUUCUCAACGCCAAUCCUACAAACCUCCCGUAACCCAGAAAUCAACAAAGGCACCCACAAAAGCAACCUUUCAGCUCCCCGGUGAAGCCAUCGCAGCGAAACUGAAAGCCGAAAAGGAAGAACGACAAAAACGCGCAGAAGAAAAUGCUCCCAAGGCCGCUUACAUUCCUCCCGCGACGCAAAAGAGCACAAAACCAGUCACCAAAGCGACCUUCCAAUUGUCUAGCGACGUCUUUGCUGCAAAAAUGAAAGCCCAAAAGGAAGCUCGCCUGCUCAAGCAAAAGGAAGAAGAGGAGAAGAGGGAAAAAGAGAGAGGAUUGUUCAAAGCAAGACCGGUUCCCAAAUCAAUGGCCAAACCCGCAGCAGAAGUGAGGCAGAAUGCCGCUAGUCGCGCACGACUACCUUUGCUGAGAAUGCAACAAACGGCAUCAAAAGAACAACCAGCGUCCGCGAAUCCACUGCAGCAGCAAAACCCCGUCUCUCGUCCUUUUAUCCUUCCUCCUCCUCCUCUACCACCACCACCUUAG